AUGCAGUCCUCAGUUGUGCACCGCCUGGAUUUGUGCCAAGCCAAGAUCCAAAAUUUUUGGCUUUCAGAUUUCGUAAAUGCUCGUUGUUCUGAUCUUGUCCUAUAUCCGGUAAGUGCAGUUGACCAAAGUGAUCAAUACAGAUUCGAUUAUAGUGAUGUUAGUUUCGGAAAUACUCAUAGUCAAGGAGCAUCUGUAACUAUCACUUGUACCACUGGUGGGCAACCGGCCACAGUUGAAGGUUAUGAUCAGCAACGAUCAUCGAUAACUUCAGGCCCGAAUUUAUUGGCCGUUUGUAGCAAUGUUGGUGGAUCACAAUAUACUUGGACGAUACUCGGAAGGAUUUUACAAUUUGUUGACUGCCGAUUUUAA